GCGCAGGUUCACUACACCACGGGUAAAGCUUGUACCAGCGCAGUAGUGCACUCCGGUGUGUGUUAUUGGGUGAGGUUUGGGAGGCGGUUAUGGCGCGUCACGUUGUCUCAGCUCAGUCCUAGCUUUUGUAAUUUCAACCUUUUGAUUUAAAACGAGGAGAUUUGGACGUGGAUAGAAAUCACGUGGACGUCAAUCAGGAAUGAAGGAAGCUGUCCCAACUGCAGCUGCAAUGCAGAAACAAACACCAUGGUUCAUGUGCUCCGUCCACGCUUCACAUUACUGCUGAUCCCUUCAAGACGUUUCUGCCAACUUUAAGAUAGACCACGAGGCAGAACAGUAUUGCCAAGGACCAUGCUCAGCAUCCUAGCAGCCGGCUCAAUAUUCUUCCCAGGCCUUUUCCUACUGUCUAAACGAUGUCUGAAACGAGCGCCAGGGCUGAAGUGGAGCGAGGCCGACGCCGUCAUCGUCUCCGCGAGGCUAGUUUCUUCCAUUCAGGCUGUCCUGGCUUCUUCAGCUGGGUUUGUCAUUGCAUCAUCUUGUGAAGACAUCAUUGAGGACCAGCACUGGCUCACUAGCACCUACAUCCUGUUUGCGGUCCCUUAUUUUAUCUAUGACAUCUACGCCAUGUUCCUGUGCUACUGGUACAAGAUGCAAGUCAAAGGUCACGAGGAGGCUGCGCCAAAAACGAGCACAGCCAUUCGCAGCUACCUGUGGCGAGAGUUUCUCAUGGUGCUUCAUCAUGUUGUCAUGGUUACUGUCUGCUUCCCUGUGUCUGUGUUCUGGCGACAAGGAAAGGGGGAUUUUUUCCAAGGUGUCAUGUUCCUAGCUGAACUCAGCACUCCAUCUGUUUGUCUGGGGAAAAUACUCAUCCAGUACAAGCAGCAGCACACUCUUCUUCAUAAAGUUAAUGGAGCACUCAUGCUGAUCACUUUCUUCGUCUGUCGAGUUCUUCUCUUCCCCUACCUCUACUACGCCUAUGGCAGGUACGCGAAUAUCCCCGUCUACAUGGUGCCGCUGUCCAUUCCGUGGAAGUAUAACAUGGGUGCUGCUCUGCUCAUGGCUCCGCAGGUCUACUGGUUCUGUCUGAUCUGCAGGGGAGCGUUUCGCCUCUUCACCCGGGCCUCUCGCCAUCAUCGUCCCUCAGUCAGUAGGGACUCCGAGCCUAAAACCCCCAUCAUGCCCCCAGCCAACGGUUACAGUCCCUGUGACACAGAAAGAGAGCCUAACACACACUGAGAGACACAGAGGGGCUGAUGCGAAAGAUGGUGCAGAGGCUUAGAGUUUUUAGGCCUCAGAUAUAAUGGAGGUAAAAUACGAAUAUAUUACAAAUAGUACACAUGUCCUGCUGUUCCAUUAGGUUGGGAAGAUAGAAAACAAAAGCAGAGGAAGCAGGAAGGAGAACGAGACGGACGGGCUGAUGACGAUCAUCUCCAUUCUUUGUUUCCUCUCUGAGGAAUUGCAAGAGCAUGCUAAUAAAGCCUGUUUCAUACUCCUGAUGUAAAACCUCCUGAUGCCGACAGACUUUCGGAUUGUAUUCUUCAUCCCAGUUAUAUCCUGUGACUGAAUUUCAAACAUUUAGGGAAAGGGGUAUGUAAUAUAAUGUACACAAGCACUUAUCAUUUGUACAUGACCAUCAUCAUACUAGUUGCAGAAACAACAGGUGAAAGCAAUGGGCAUGUAAGCAUUCCAAACCGCUGAACCGCUAUUUAUGAAGAGUGAGCGAUGAAGAGACAAGUCCGUGUCCUCGAUUUCUCCUUCCUAACCCACUCUUUGUGUCUCUUCAGUUUAAUAUUUCAUAGAAAGAAAGGGAACAGCUUUUCAGUCAGGGUGUACAUAGUAAAUGUUUAGUGUCCAUUUUACUUUUAGUUUGACCUGUUUAUUUUCAACAAAUUAUUAUUUACGUUGAAUGUUUUUAAUUUGAUUUGAAUUAUUACCCACCUAAUUUAUUAUUGCUAAAUUACAUUUAAACGGAGAGAUCGAUUUGCUACUGUAUUUCAGGAGUCUCUCCACAAUUAGACUUUUUCUUUCUGAACCCUUCCUCUAAAGCACCCAGUGGAACUCUGGAGGUUUUCUAAAAACGCCUGCCCCACUGCACCUGUCUUUUUAUGAAGCUCUUGUUACCCGUUUUUUCCGUGAUCCCGACCUACAUAUUGGGCUUAAAAUAACCCAACAGGGCCGUGGUGUUGAAGUUUGGAGGACUGUUGACACACUGCCCUUAAACUUCUGCUUUGGUUUUCGCUUUGCUUAUCUCGCCAUAUUAUUAAUCUGACCUCGACAUGGCAUGCACUGUCUCAUUAUUUGUAUGCUUCAGGAACAGAAUUGAACUUGUAAUGGGUGCUGGGCAGGUCUCUGCAUCACUGAGCUGCUAGCAGGAAAUACACUGCAUCGCAAAGAAGAAACUUUGCACAUUUACUGGAUCAAAGUUCCUUAAAGGAGUACUUGUGUUUUUUUUUUUUAACCUAGUCACCGUUCACAGAAUCUGUAGCUUGUGUGAUUUCCGUGCACAAGAAGUUAUUUUGAACGGAGAAAAGAAUCGAAAAUGUGUUGAUGCUAAUACAACAAAUUUCAUGCAAAAAAUAACUAAAUAGGGUAAUUGGGGCACCUAAUCCUUAACCGAAACAUUAUAAAAUGUAUGUAUUUAUUGAAAUAAUUCAGCAACUAUAGAAAUUAUUGUCUGAAAUAAACUCACAUGCUACAGCUUUGAUUAUGGAGGUUAAAUUGAAAAAAAAAAGAAACAACAACAGGGUAUUCCUUUAAGUCUUAACAAAUGUUGAGUUUUAUGAUUAUCCUAUGAUUUUAGUUAUUUAUUUCCUGUGCUGAAUGCCAUCCAUGUAGCUAAAAUGGGUUCAUUUUAAAAACGUAAACAGGUGAUAAAUUAAAGGCAAACUUCUGCACAAAGUUUCCUAGUAAGGUGUUUGAACCACUAACACAGAUUCAGCAAAUAUGGGCAUUGAUCCUACCUGUCUCCAUGGAACUGUACUGGAAGGAUGAACACUACUCUUCCAAAAUGUAUUCCAGUGAGUGUUUUGAAGAAGAAGAUGAUGAUAAUAAUGAUGAUGAUGGAGAGCACGAUUAUGCUGGUCCAAAAUCAAUUGGAUGGGAGUUCUGCUGAUUUCGAAGUCACAGAAUAUAAUUUACAUCGUUUUGAGUCCCAUCAGACCAGUAAGACGUCAUGCCCUGUGGACUGGGAUGAGGUCAGUUUGAAAUAGGAUAAAAAUGUUUCAUCAUGGUAUGAAGCUGUCAGAACUAUUUUGCAUUGAUUUUCAUUCUAAUGAAACACAUUUCAUUAGAACCAUGCGUAACCGAGCCAUUGGUUUUUCCUUUAAUUUGUCACCUAUUAUCAUGUACUAUGACUGGGUAGUUCUGUCCAUUUAAAACAUGAACAGCAUUGCUCUGUUUUUAAAAGCCUACAUAGAUCCCUUUAAUAGAACAGGUUUUCCAUUGUAGAGCUUCCAUAGUGAGCUCUGUUACACUGAGAACUGUCUGCGAAAUGACAGGGGGAUAGUAAGGUGUGUCUUGUGAAUUGGGAGAUGGUUAUAUACAAAUAAGUUGCAUUUAUUGAUUUAUGGUUUAUUUAUUUGAGUAAUUUAUUUAAUGUUAUUUAUUUGUAAGACUGAAUGUACAUACGAAAUACAUGUAAAUGUUUUGGUGAGUGGACAUCUCCGGCUGCCUGGCUGAAGGCUUUUCUGUACCCGUCCUCUCAGCUACAAUAUACUCUACUGUCUUCUUCUGUACUCGAGCACUGUGUGAGACCUCUUUUUAUUGGCACUCAGUCAUUGUGUAUGUGUAUAUGAUACUGUACUGUUUGCACUGGUAUGAACAACAGAAUGCCGGUCAUUUUCUUUGAAUGAAGAGUUUUCUUCUGGAAAAUCGACAAGUGGGCCACUGUUCUGUGCAAUUACACCGUAAAGGAAACGGAUAUUUGUGCUGAUUGGACUGAAAUGAGAUUAAAUUAAGCUGUGUCAUGCCUCAUUGUAAUCUCAUUAAAGACUUAGAUGAUGAGUUCCAUGCUUAAGCACUCACACCUUCCUCUGCUCUGUUGGAGAACAGCAAUUAUUCUGAAUUUUCUCAUUCUUCUUCAGCAUUCCUCUGUAUGCCAUUAAAGUUAAAGCCUGGCCAAACAAAAUGCAUUUAUAUACACUCUCGGGUGUUAGUUUCCUAAUGAGCUAUGACAUUAAAGCGACUCGACUCUGAUGAUGUAGAUGAUGUGAUAAAAUAGAUUUGAUAGGAGUGCC